UCGCCUGCCGUGGCCGGGCGGCCCUUUCGCGUGUCCGCGCUCUCCACCCCCCUCCCCUCCGCCUCCUCCAUUUUGCGAGCUCGGAGUCAGUGCCUGGAGCCCGAGUCACCGCCCGCCCGUCGGGGACGGAUUCUAAGUGGGUGGAACGAGACGCCGCAGCCGGGCGGCGCGGCGCCGGGACAGGGGACGCGCGCGGGGGAGACGGGAGCGGCGCGGGGCCCUGGCUUGUCAGCCGGGAACGGGUGACUUUCCGCGCUAGGGGCUCUCCCCUCCCCCAUGGAAAAGAGGGGGCGACUGUUGACUUCCUUCUCCGUGACACGCGCGCCUCCCGCGCCCGCACGCCGACUUGUUUAUCUGGCUGCGGUGGGAACCGCGGGCGGGCGGGCGAGCGCGCGGGUGCUGAGUUAAUAUUUGCCAAUGGACUCCAAAGAAUCCUUAGCUCCCCCUGGUAGAGACGAAGUCCCCAGCAGUUUGCUUGGCCGGGGGAGGGGAAGCGUGAUGGACUUUUAUAAAACCCUGAGGGGAGGAGCUACAGUCAAGGUUUCUGCUUCUUCACCCUCCGUGGCUGCUGCUUCUCAGGCAGAUUCCAAGCAGCAGAGGCUUCUCCUUGAUUUUUCAAAAGGCUCAGCAAGCAAUGCACAGCAGCAGCAGCAGCAGCAGCAGCAGCAGCAGCAGCAGCAGCAGCAGCAGCAGCAGCAGCCAGAUUUAUCCAAAGCCGUUUCACUGUCCAUGGGACUGUAUAUGGGAGAGACCGAAACAAAAGUGAUGGGGAAUGACUUGGGCUACCCACAGCAGGGCCAGCUUGGCCUCUCCUCUGGGGAAACAGACUUUCGGCUUCUGGAAGAAAGCAUUGCAAACCUCAAUAGGUCGGCCAGCCUUCCAGAGAACCCCAAGAGUUCAACAUCUGCAGCUGGGUGUGCUAUCCCGACAGAGAAGGAGUUUCCCCAGACUCACUCUGAUCCAUCUUCAGAACAGCAAAAUAGAAAAAGCCAGACGGGCACCAACGGUGGCAGUGUCAAGUUGUAUACCACAGACCAAAGCACCUUUGACAUCUUGCAGGAUCUGGAGUUUUCUGCUGGGUCCCCAGGUAAAGAGACAAACGAGAGUCCUUGGAGGUCAGACCUGUUGAUAGAUGAAAACUUGCUUUCUCCUUUGGCGGGAGAAGAUGAUCCAUUCCUUCUGGAAGGGGACGCGAAUGAGGAUUGUAAGCCUCUUAUUUUACCGGACACUAAACCUAAAAUUCAGGAUACUGGAGAUACAGUCUUAUCAGGCCCCAGCAGUGUGGCGCUGCCCCAAGUGAAAACAGAGAAAGAUGAUUUCAUUGAACUUUGCACCCCUGGGGUAAUUAAGCAAGAGAAACUGGGCCCAGUUUAUUGUCAGGCAAGCUUUUCUGGGACAAAUAUAAUUGGGAAUAAAAUGUCUGCCAUUUCUGUUCAUGGUGUGAGUACCUCUGGAGGACAGAUGUACCACUAUGACAUGAAUACAGCAUCCCUUUCUCAGCAGCAGGAUCAGAAGCCUGUUUUUAAUGUCAUUCCACCAAUUCCCGUUGGUUCUGAAAACUGGAAUAGGUGCCAAGGAUCUGGAGAGGACAACCUGACUUCCCUGGGGACUAUGAACUUCCCAGGCCGCUCAGUGUUUUCUAAUGGAUAUUCAAGCCCUGGAAUGAGACCAGAUGUGAGCUCUCCUCCAUCCAGCUCCUCCACAGCAACGGGACCACCUCCCAAACUCUGCCUGGUGUGCUCCGAUGAAGCUUCAGGCUGCCACUAUGGGGUGCUGACAUGUGGAAGCUGUAAAGUCUUCUUUAAAAGAGCAGUGGAAGGUAGACAGCACAAUUACCUUUGUGCUGGAAGAAAUGAUUGCAUCAUUGAUAAAAUUCGAAGGAAAAACUGUCCAGCGUGCCGCUAUCGAAAAUGUCUUCAAGCUGGAAUGAACCUGGAAGCUCGAAAAACAAAGAAGAAAAUUAAAGGAAUUCAGCAAGCCACUGCAGGAGUCUCACAAGACACUUCUGAAAAUCCUAACAAAACAAUAGUUCCUGCAGCAUUACCACAGCUUACCCCUACCUUGGUGUCACUGCUGGAGGUGAUUGAACCUGAGGUGUUAUAUGCAGGAUAUGACAGCUCUGUUCCAGAUUCAGCGUGGAGAAUCAUGACCACGCUCAACAUGUUGGGUGGGCGCCAAGUGAUUGCCGCAGUGAAAUGGGCAAAGGCAAUACCAGGAUUCAGAAACUUACACCUGGAUGACCAAAUGACCCUUCUACAGUACUCAUGGAUGUUUCUCAUGGCCUUUGCCCUGGGCUGGAGAUCAUACAGACAAGCAAGUGGAAGCCUGCUGUGCUUUGCCCCUGAUCUGAUUAUUAAUGAGCAGAGGAUGACUCUACCCUGCAUGUAUGACCAAUGUAAACACAUGUUGUUUAUCUCCAAUGAAUUACAAAGACUGCAGGUAUCCUACGAAGAGUAUCUCUGUAUGAAAACCUUACUGCUUCUCUCCUCAGUUCCUAAGGAAGGUCUGAAGAGCCAAGAGUUAUUUGAUGAGAUUCGAAUGACUUAUAUCAAAGAGCUAGGAAAAGCCAUUGUCAAAAGGGAAGGAAACUCCAGUCAGAAUUGGCAGCGGUUUUAUCAACUGACAAAACUUUUGGACUCCAUGCAUGAGGUGGUUGAAAAUCUCCUUACCUACUGCUUCCAAACAUUUUUGGAUAAGACCAUGAGUAUUGAAUUCCCAGAGAUGUUAGCUGAAAUCAUCACUAAUCAGAUACCAAAAUACUCGAAUGGAAAUAUCAAGAAGCUUCUGUUUCAUCAAAAAUGACUGCCUUACUAAGAAAGGUUGCCUUAAAGAAAGUUGAAUUUAUAGCUUUUACUGUACAAACUUAUCAAUUUGUCUUGUAGAUGUUUUGUCGUUCUUUUUGUUUCUGUCUUGUUUUGUUUUAAAUACGCACUACAUGUGGUUUAUAGAGGGCCAAGACUUGGCAACAGAAGCAGUUGAGUCAUCACUUUUAAGUGAUAGGAAAGCAGACGGUGACAUGUAUUGGUUGGUGUAUCACAGAAACUAAAAACAGUUAGAGGACACAUGUCCACUAUCAGAGAAGGACCGCACCUAAGCCACCAGUGCCCAAAGUCCAUGUGAUCAACUUUCUGCUCAUACUUUCAGUUGGCUGGAUAAAACUUUCUAGACUUUCUGUUGGUGUAUUUUUCCCAUGUAUAGUUAGGAUAGCAUUUUGAUUUAUGCAUGGAAACCUGAAAAAAGUUUACACGUGUAUAUCAGAAAAGGGAAGUUGUGCCUUUUAUAGCUAUUACUGUCUGGUUUUAACAAUUUCCUUUAUAUUCAGUGAACUAUGCUUGCUCAUUUUUCUUAAAUAAUUUUUGUAUUCCAGUUAUUGUACAGCUGUUUAAGAUGGGCAGCUGCCUCACAGCUCUAGAUGCGAACAUUAAUUUCCGUGUGAAAAUGGGUCGGUGCUUCUACCCUGACGGCACUAAGCUAUCAGAAGACCACAGAAAUUGACUCAGAUCUCCAGGGUUCUUGGCAAAAGCUCUUACUCUGUAUAUAUCUGCUUCCAUGGAGAAUUAUAUAGGUUGUGCAGAUUAACCGUCCUAACUGGUAUAGAGCACCUACUCCAGUGACCUGCUGGGUAACCUGUGGGUGUUGCUUACAAAAGACUAACUGUAAAACAGUGCCUACCAAAAGGCCCGUUUGUACCUAAUGCACCAUCUCUUCAGUGGCAAAAUAGCAACAGUUUGUAAAUCAGCUCUUUCAGGACCUUCGGGAGUAGUUUGUAUAACAUUUUAAAAUGUAUUAUUCCAGAUAAGCAGCUGUGAUAAAGCCGAGAGGUUGUUUUAAUCAGACCAAGUAACUUCUCUCAUUAAACGUUGCCCUCAACUAAGUCUCUAAUAUGGCAAAAAUGGCUAGACGCCCAUUUUCACCCCCACCUGUCACCAAUUGGUCUAGCUUUCCUGGUGGCACAGGAAAAUCAGACGCCCAUUUUCACCCCACCUGUCACCAGUUGGUCUAGCUUUCCUGGUGGCACAGGGAAUCAGCUGCUGAUUUUUUGUUAUUUAGAACUGAAUGUCAGGCAUCCAUGUUUGUCCAACUACACAUCCCUACAUGUGCCAUAGACUCUAACACAAGUCUUGUGAACUUCUUCACACUGAGAGUUAUCAUUUUAAACAAAACAGAAGCUGUAGUAGCCCUUUCUGUGUGCACCUUACCAACUUUCUGUGACUCAAAGCUUAACACACUUACUAAGCCACAAGAAAUCUGAUUUCUACUUAAGGUGGCCAAAUUAUUUGUGUAAUAGAAAACUGAAAAUCUAAUAUUAAAAAUAUGAAACUUCUAAUAUAUUUUUAUAUUUAGUUCUAGUUUCAGAUAUAUAUCAUAUUGGUAUUCACUAAUCUGGGAAGGGAAGGGCUACUGCAGCUGUACAUGCAAUUUAUUAACAUGAUUGUAAAAUAGCUGUAUAGUGUAAAAUAAGAAUGAUUUUUAGAUGAGAUUGUUUUAUCAUGACAUGUUAUAUAUUUUUUGUAGGGGUCAAAGAAAUGUUGAUGGAUAUCCUAUAUGAUUUAUAGUAUAUAAGAGCAUCCAUACAGGCCUCAGUGGUCUUGGAAAUUAAAACAGGUUUGCUCUAAGCUAGGGAGAGGGAGCUGGGACUGGCCCUGUGUGCAGUGGAGGUUCUGAGGGUUUGACCCAAUCAGAUCACAGGGGAACUAAUUCCCCACCUCCCAUUCUAACCAUCCUCAUCCAACCAUGACCCUGUCAGUGCAGGUUUGGUUUAUUAAAUUCCCCCUUGCGCUAACUAACAUACAUAAACAGGACAGAAAGGUGGCGCUUAUGUAGUUAGAGGCACCAUCCAGUAGCAGGGUUAUUUUCACAUGCAGCCUCCCCAUAGGUUAACAGAAACAGGGGCUUUAGAAGUUUGGCAAUAAUGUGCAUAGAGGUUCCAGCAAUAUGUAAAUACUAAAGAAUCGCAUAGGAAGCCAAUAAUACACUAAUCCUCUCCAUCCUACAAGAGUCCAUUUCCAAGUAAGAUGAGGACAUGUUUAUGUUUUCUUUGAAUGCUUUUUGAAUGUUGUUAUUUUCAGUAUUUUGCAGAAAUUAUUUAAUAAAAAAAGUGUAAUCAUUUGCUUUUUGAAUUCUCUCUAAAAGGGAAUGUUCAGUUUGUAAUGGUUUAAAUUGGUCUCAAAGUACUUUAAGAUAAUUGUAACCCAGCUGGAUGUGAAAUUUAUGGUGCCUAAGAAAUACCACUUGAAGAUUAUCAAUGACAGUGUUAAGUUUCAAAAUGAGCUUCUCAAAAAUAGAUUAUUGUACAUUUAUGGAAUGUUAUAUGGUUAAACCCAAAAAGCACAUCACACAUAAAUCUGCUUUCAGUUCCAACCAGCUUGGCUUUCAAAAAUAGAGCUCAAAAAAAAAAAGGAAAAAAAAAAGAUAUAUACGCUUUGUUAUUAACAGAAGGCAACAGACAUCCAUAAAACUACUAUCGGAAGUUUUCCAUUAGAUGUAUAAAGAGCUAUGCUCCUUUGGUAUGUGGGAAAGAAGAAAGCUGUCAUAGUUCUGAUUGAGUAUAAGUGAGAAAGAUACGGUACUGUUUGAGAGCAGCUUCCUUUUCUGCGUGUGGCUUCAUACCGUUCCAAACUAUGUAGAUUUUAUAAUAGCUUCAGUGAGAAUUGGUAACAUGCCUGUAUGACUCACAACAGAUCUUGAAAACUAUCUUUAAUUACUGGUAGGACAAAAAGGGACAUUCUGGUUAUUUUAGGCACUGGCUUGGAACACUGUAUAUGCAGAAGAAAAGACAGGAAAUUAGGGAAAGGAAGGGAACCUCGGAAGCAUUGCCUUCAAGGAAAGACAAACCAAUAAAUAGGAGCAUCCCAAAGGAACAGGGCCACACAGUGUGAGUCCUUAAUGCUGAGUCAGGCGAUAGUGUGAGUCCUUAAUGCUGAGUCAGGUGAUAGUGUGAGUCCUUAAUGCUGAGUCAGGCAAGCUCUGGUGAGCUUGGAGAAGCCAGCCCCUCCAGCACUGCAGAGCAGGGCAGGACAGGGAUGGGACAAGACGGGACGAGAAUUCCAGCUGGACACUGGUCCCAGUAUCACCAUGGGAUGACCCAUGGUAGUAUGUUUUGACUUGUCAGCAUUCAAGGAUCAUAGUAGCCUUCAGGAGCUUUAGAUUUUGGUUGGUCACCCCAACAAUAAGCUGUAGUUGAAUGUGUUUCUUAUGUGCCUGGUUUCAGUGUUAGAAGGUGAAAUAGAGAGUGCAAAAGACACUGCAAACCAUUUCAGAUGGAAGUUUUCUCAUUUUCCAGACUAUUUUCAGUCAGCCUGGUCUAUCAAGAUUGGUAACCAGGUCUUCAGGAAAGGGUUGGCUUCUAUCUAGAACAUGCCUGAAAGGAUUUUAUUUUCUGAUAAAUGGCUGUAUGAAAAUACCCUCCUAAAUAACCUGCUUAACUACAUAUAGAUUUCAGUGUGUCAAUAUUCUAUUUUGUAUAUUAAACAAAUGCUAUAUAAUGGGGACAAAUCUAUAUUAUGUGUAUGGCAUUAUUAAGAAGCUUUUUCAUUAUUUUUUAUCACAGUAAUUUUUAAAUGUGUAAAAAUUAAAAACCAGUGACUCCUGUUUAAAAAUAAAAGUUGUAGUUUUUUAUUCAUGCUGAAUAACCUGUAGUUUAAAAAACUGUCUUUUUACCUACACAGUGAAAUGUCAGACUGUAAAAUUUUGUGUGGAAAUGUUUAACUUUUAUUUUUCAUUUAAAUUUGCUGUUCUGGUAUUACCAAACCACACAUUUGUACUGAAUUGGCAGUAAAUGUUAGUCAGCCAUUUACAGCAAUGCCAAAUAUGGAUAAACAUCAUAAUAAAAAUAUCUGCUUUUUCA